UUUUAGUGAGAAAUGUGUAUUUUUAACAGUAUUUUGCUGACAAAAACUAUGAUGUUUAUUUGUUAAGGAAAAGGGAGUAUUCCAAUGUGUUGCUUUAGGAUGAUAAUGGCGGCGGUUAUCCACAACAGUAGAAGUUUAGCAGCAUGCGUGGGCAGCCCACGCUGCAAGGGGUGUGUCAUUAAUAAGUAAUUGGGGCCUGGGCGGCACUACCCCCCGCCGGUAUAAAGGGCCCCUCAAGAGCCAAGCGGGGCCAGAUCUCACUCGCUCGCUUUGGAAAAAAAAGGGGGGUACCACCUUCUCCUCUUCCACCUCCUAGUUUGUCAUCUUCCAGCUGCCAUCCGAGACCCAGGGACGACAUGGGCUCCGUGCUGCCCGCAGAAGCUUUGGCCCUCAAGUCUGGAUUUAAGUGUCCUGCCCGGGCGGUGCUGUCGGACGUGAUCACGUCGGACGUCCUGCACAGCUUCCUGUACGGCCGCUGGAGGAACGUCCUGCAGGGGGGGGAACACUUGCAGGCCGAGGAGCGGCACGCCGGCUGCACCAGAACCGCAUUCACCGCCGAAGUGUUGGCGCAGUCCUUCGCUGGAGAAGUCCAGAAGUUAUCCAGUCUGGUGCUUCCCAGCGAAGUCAUCAUCGCCCAGAGUUCCAUCCCAGGGGAAGGUCUUGGAAUCUUCUCCAAAACCUGGAUCAAGGCCGGCACCGAGAUGGGCCCAUUCACCGGCAAAGUUCUCUCCCCGGAACACGUCGACUUACUGAAGAACAACAACCUGAUGUGGGAGGUGUUCAACGAGGAUGGCACCGUGCGGUACUUCAUCGAUGCCAGCCAGGAGGACCAACGCAGCUGGAUGACCUACAUCAAAUGUGCCCGCAAUGAGCAAGAGCAGAACCUGGAGGUGGUCCAGAUUGGCAGCAGCAUCUACUACAAAGCUGUGGAGACUAUUCCACCAGACCAGGAGCUUCUUGUGUGGUACGGAAACACUCAUAAUACAUUCCUGGGAAUUCCUGGAGUUCCAGGAACAGACGAAGAGCAGCAGAAGAAGAGCAGAAAUGAUGACUCCCAGUCCUGCGAGUCCAUCUGCUCUCCGCCCUCGUGCUCGUCGUCCUCCGCCUCCUCCGUCCACACCUCAGGCCGCAUGCGCUGCGUCAUCUGCCACCGCGGAUUCAACUCCCGCAGCAACCUGCGCUCGCACAUGCGCAUCCACACGCUGGACAAGCCCUUCGUGUGCCGCUUCUGCAACCGCCGCUUCAGCCAGUCGUCCACGCUGCGUAACCACGUGCGCCUGCACACGGGGGAGCGCCCCUACAAGUGUCACGUGUGCCAGAGCGCCUACUCGCAGCUGGCCGGCCUGCGCGCGCACCAGAAGAGCGCCCGACACAAACCCGCCAUCACCGGGCCCGAGGCGGCCGCACAGGGGUCACCUCCUCCUCCUCCUCCUAGUGCUGCUGCAGCGCCUCCUACGGCCGCCCAGCCGAUGCCAUCCGUCGUUCGCCAACAGCACCACCACCAUCACCACCACCACCAUCCCGUUCCCAUGGUGCACCACAUCCCAGCCUUGGUGCUCUGACCACGGCCGAACGAAACAACGUUGCACUUUAGAUGACAGGAGACUUUAUGUGUAAAAACAUUCAUCUCUCACGUCAUCAACAUCCCGCAAUUGCCUCUUUGACAUGGACAUCCUGCACAAUACCAGACACAAACUGUUAUCAUUGACGAUUAGAUGAUGGCGGCCAUGUUUUUCAAACAGUCUUUUACAGACAUGUGCUUGUCGGCCCCCCCAAGCUAUGUACCAAAUUUGGUGGUGAUGAGUUACAGUAAGUACAAAGUCACAGGAAGUGACACCAUCUCAAAAGCCAGAAAAUUCUGUGAAAAAGGAGCAACUGCCUGUAAAAGCCAACUUCUGUAUGAACAGCACCGUCACGGAAUGAUGGCAGGAAGUCGUUCUGGCGGUUUUUCAUCCCCAGCAGAAGUGGGUUGGCCACUGUUUGAAAAGAUAUUCUGCUGAGGUCUUCAGGUAGAGCCCGGUUGGAGCUGCUUUGUUAGGGUUCUGUGUGAAAGGCCAAGGUUGGUUACGCCGCUACUUUGCAGGAUCUCUGCAUGAAAGAGGCUGAAGGUCCGCCUGUCACAAGCCCCCACCCCAUGUUUUCUAUUUAUUCCACUCGUAACCGGAUUUCUUAAAUGUUGUGGUAGCAUUUUUGGGAGGGGAGGGCCCCAAAAACACUUCAUCCUUCAACCAUUAACACAAACAUCCCAAGUUUCCAUUGUCAAAUAUGAAAAUGUCACUUUAAACCUGAUUGAAGGCCCUGAUCAUACAAAGAACUGAGUGAAUGAUAAACGUUCACACGCAAAUUUCAACGUGUACGGAGCCAAUUAUUGUGUCAUGCUAAGAUAUGCUAAGUGUA